GCCACUCUGAGUUUUUCCUCAUGAACCCUCCUACACCGCCGCUAUACGAGACAAGGACAUCGGUGAUAAAGUCUGGAGCCACCUUGCUUCUCCGACUACCGAAUGGGGAGGCCAAGGCUAUCAAGGUGGAGCAGAAUGCGACCGUUUCACUUGGGAAAGUCGGCGCGUUUCCCGCCAAUGAGCUCAUCGGACAACCGUUUGGGCGAACAUACGACAUCAUCGACAAAAAAUUGAAGGUCUUGCCUCCUCGUGUGAUGGCUGAUAUUGAGGAUACAGACGCCACCAACGAAUACAUAAAUGACGGGCAAUCUGUCCAGCCUCUUACCCUGGCAGAGAUCCAGACACUGAAACAAUCCGGUACUCACGCUUCGGAAAUCAUCAGGCUUCAAAUCGAACAACAUGCAAACUACUCUCUGAAAACGGAGUACAGCAAGGAGAAGUAUAAGAAGAGGAAGGAAGCAAAAUAUGGCAAAGUCUUCACCUGCAUCGAACCAACGCUCUUCAACGUCUGCGAGUACUGGUUCCGAAAAGACCCUGCGCGCGUACGCGACAUACGAAUCGACGCUCUGUCACAAAUCCUUCACAUGGCAAACAUACGACCAGGGGGAAGGUAUCUGGCAGUAGAUGACGCCUCGGGUCUCCUUGUUGCUGGUAUACUGGAGCGAAUGGGCGGCCAAGGACGUCUGAUCACACUCUGCAACAACGAUUCACCACCGGCUUACCCUGCUGUUGUGAACAUGAACUUCAACGAAGAGACUGUCGCCCCGGUCCUUGCCUCGAUAAACUGGGCCCUGACGGAGCAGGAACAUGUACCCGUCGUCGCGCCGGUUGAACUUCCUUCUGAGCAAAUCAAGUCAGACAGGCAACGCACACGGAUGGACAGGCGGAAAGCUGCCCAAGACCUCAUCAACAGCAUUCGGGAGGAAUUUCUCAUUGUCGCGAGCGACUACGAACCUCACUCUAUCUUGGAACGCCUCGUUCCACAUUUGGCUGGCUCUGCGUCCAUAGUGGUUCAAAGUCCUUACGGGCAGGUAUUAUCUGACCUGCACGGCAAAAUCCGAGGCGCACCAGGGUAUCUCUGCCCUUCGGUAUCAGAAGUUUGGAUGCGAAGAUAUCAGGUGCUCCCCGGGCGGACACAUCCAACAAUGAACACGUCUGGGACCGGGGGAUUCAUAUUCCAUGCCAUCAAAGUCUUCGACGACGGAACUGCGAAUGCCGUGACCGCAAAGAAAACCUCCAAGCCCGUGACAAACAAGCCGACGACGGUCAAAUCGGAAGCUGACGUUCUCGAGAUGGAGGAGGACGAGACAUCCGCCGAAUCGAAGGUUAAGAUAGAGCCGCAAGCCCAUGCUUUAGACGUCUCGAUGGCCGAUGCAGAGAUACAUAAUUGAUAGGGUGUGUCAUUACAAUACGCGCGUGAUUUCAUGAAAGAUUCGGGGAGACA